AGAGUGGCCCAGAAGGAAAGCAGAGGAAUAGAAAAAGGAGGCCCCCCUGACCAGGCAGCGGCACCCCAAGCCACCCACCAUGGCGCUGGGCUUGGAGCAGGCGGAGGAGCAGCGGCUGUACCAGCAGACGCUCCUGCAGGACGGGCUCAAGGACAUGCUGGACCACGGCAAGUUCCUCGACUGUGUGGUGCGGGUAGGGGAGCGCGAGUUCCCGUGCCACCGCCUGGUGCUGGCCGCCUGCAGCCCCUACUUCCGGGCGCGCUUCCUGGCCGAGCCCGAGCAGGCCGGCGAGCUGCGCCUGGAGGAGGUGUCCCCGGACGUGGUGGCCCAGGUGUUGCACUACCUGUACACGUCGGAGAUCGCGCUGGACGAGGCGAGCGUGCAGGACUUGUUCGCAGCAGCGCACCGCUUCCAGAUCCCGUCCAUCUUCACCAUCUGCGUGUCUUUCCUACAGAAGCGCCUGUGCCUCGCCAACUGCCUGGCCGUCUUCCGCCUCGGCCUCCUCCUCGACUGCGCGCGCCUCGCCGUGGCCGCCCGCGACUUCAUCUGCGCGCGCUUCUCACUCGUGGCGCGCGACGCCGACUUCCUCGGGCUCUCGGCCGACGAGCUCAUCGCCAUCAUCUCCAGCGAUGGCCUCAACGUGGAGAAGGAGGAGGCGGUGUUCGAGGCGGUGAUGCGGUGGGCGGGCAGCGGCGACGCCAAGGCGCAGGCGGAGCGCCAGCGUGCGCUGCCCACCGUCUUCGAGAGCGUACGCUGCCGCCUGCUGCCGCGCGCCUUCCUGGAGAGCCGCGUGGAGAACCACCCUCUUGUGCGUGCCCAGCCCGAGUUGCUGCGCAAGGUGCAGAUGGUGAAGGACGCACACGAGGGCCGCCUCACUGUGCUGCGCAAGAAGAAGAAGGACACGGGGAAGGAGGCAGCCGGGUCCAAGGCUGCUGACAAGGGCGCAGGCGAAGCCAAGGCACAGGAGGAGCAGGUGGAGGAGGACGAACGUAUCAUACCCGGGAUCCUCAAUGACACUCUGCGCUUUGGCAUGUUCCUGCAGGACCUCAUCUUCAUGAUCAGCGAGGAGGGAGCCGUGGCCUAUGAUCCAGCAGCCAACGAGUGUUACUGUGCUUCCCUCUCCACCCAGAUCCCUAAGAACCACGUCAGCCUCGUGACCAAGGAGAACCAGGUCUUUGUGGCUGGGGGCCUCUUCUACAACGAGGACAACAAAGAGGACCCCAUGAGUGCUUACUUCUUGCAGUUUGACCACCUGGAUUCCGAGUGGCUGGGAAUGCCACCGCUGCCCUCGCCGCGCUGCCUCUUCGGCCUGGGAGAGGCUCUCAACUCCAUCUACGUGGUCGGCGGCCGGGAGCUCAAGGACGGCGAGCGCAGCCUAGACUCGGUCAUGUGCUACGAUCGGCUGUCGUUCAAAUGGGGCGAAUCGGACCCGCUGCCCUACGCUGUGUACGGCCACGCGGUGCUCUCCCAUAUGGACCUGGUCUACGUCAUUGGCGGCAAGGGCAGUGACAGGAAGUGCCUGAAGAAGAUGUGUGUCUAUGACCCUAAGAAGUUCGAGUGGAAGGAGCUGGCACCCAUGCAGACUGCCCGCUCCCUCUUCGGGGCCACCGUCCACGACGGCCGCAUUUUUGUAGCCGCUGGGGUCACAGACACGGGGCUGACCAGUUCAGCGGAAGUAUACAGCAUCGCGGACAACAAGUGGGCACCCUUUGAAGCCUUCCCACAGGAACGCAGCUCACUCAGCCUGGUCAGCCUGGCGGGCACCCUUUAUGCCAUCGGUGGCUUUGCCACACUGGAGACCGAGUCUGGAGAGCUGGUCCCUACAGAGCUCAAUGACAUCUGGAGAUAUAAUGAGGAUGAGAAGAAGUGGGAGGGCGUCCUGCGGGAGAUUGCCUACGCAGCCAGUGCCACCUUCCUACCUGUGCGGCUCAACGUGCUGCGCCUGACCAAGAUGUGACCA